GAGAAAAUAGGCUAACGGCUAAGCUGUCUUCCUUUGUUUGCUAUCUAAACAACGACAUAGCACAGCUCAUCCUUCAGCAUUCACAGGAACAAACAAACAAGCGGUGCAUUGCAUGGGAAAAUUGCAGCCACUCAAAAUGAAGGGUCUUUACCUCGUGGAGCCCGUGGUUGCACUGUAUGCUUUCUCCAGUUUUCUCAUCUACCCUCUUGUGCAGCAGUAUGUGUACAGGAGGCUCUGGCAGGAGCUGACAAACACCACCUACCCCAUCUCUGACAACUCCUCCAGAUGUGUAGGAAACGGCAGCAACCAGUCCAGCUACUUUGAGGAGGUACAGAGACAUGCAUCUCUCUUCUCCCUUUACUCAGACCUCCUAUCCACAAUCCCCUCUUUGAUCGUCACCCUAAUGCUUGUGGCUUAUAGUGACCGGGGAGGACGCAAGAUUACAAUCAUCAUGCCGCUGAUUGGCUCGUUAAUGUACGCAUUGUCCUUCCUGACAGUGUCCUACUUCGAGCUCAACAUAUACCUGCUUGUCGGCUCCUCGCUUCUCAGUUCUUUGUUUGGUGGCUUGGGGACGUUCCUGGGCGGCGUUUUCGCCUACAUAGCAGACUUGUGUGAGGAUGAUCAGCAGAAGACGCUGCGCAUUGCUGGAGUGGACAUGAUGAUUGGCCUGUUGUCUGGGGUGGCUUCAAUAUCAACAGGCUACUUUUUGAGAGCUGCAGGCUUUAACUGGCCUUUCCUAACCGCUGCACUUUGUCAGUGUGUGAUCCUGCUCUAUGCAAUUUUCAUCCUAGAAGAGACUGUGAAGCAAGCUCCUACUGAUGCCAUUAUUCUAGAUGGGUCUCCUCAGAGCUCAGCCAUGAAACAGAUGCUCUAUGGAGUCUACCAGAUGUUUGCAGGGACUAGUCAAAGGUGUAAAACUGUCCUGGUCCUCCUGAUGCUCAUCUUCACCAGCUUCUCUUUCGCCUGGGGUGGAUUCUCCUUGUUGGUGCUAUAUGAGCUGGAUGAGCCACUGUGCUGGACUGAGAUUUUGAUUGGCUACGGCUCAGCACUGUCUACUGCUGUGUUCUUUGUCAGCUUCGUGGGAGUGUCAGUAUUCACAUGCUGCGGUAUGCCACAGCUGCUCAUUAUCCUGCUCGGGAUCCUCUCCGUUGUAUCAGGCAUGGUCCUGCUGCCAUUUGUGAAGACCACGCUACUGAUGUUUUUAGUGAGGCUGCCAAUGCUACUGGCUAUAAUGCCUUUCCCCGUUCUGCGCUCCAUGAUGUCAAAGAUCAUCCCAAAAUCUGAACAGGGAGCCCUGUUUGCCUUUCUUUCCUUCCUGGAGAGUUUAACUGGGAAUGUAUCGAGCGCUGUCUUCAACAGCGUCUAUGCUGCUACAGUGGCAUGGUACCCCGGCUUCGCCUUCCUGUUGUCUGCAGGACUCUGUGCCAUCCCCUUGUUUGUUCUAGGGGUGGUGGGUGUGAUCGGAGUGGAUGUUGCUGAAGAGGACAGAAAACCAGACCUUGUCGUCCAAGUUGAGGAGGAUCAUGUUGAAGAUCAAAACGACAACAAUCCUCUUCUUCUUAACUGAGCCACGUGGACUGCCAAAGCCUUACCAGCACAUAUUUUUCUUUGAAGUCAUUUAUUCUAAGACACUUUUAUUCUCCUGAGAACCUCAGUGACUCUUCUUUUAAGUUUCAAGCUAAUAAUGCAGUUUUCAGAUUCAUCUCUCAUGUCUUAUUGCUGUGGUAGUUUGUACAGUUGAACUUGAAUGAUAUAAAGAUACAACAGGGAAUUGUAGGCAAACAGGUUCAGAAACAGUGGAUCUGGGUUUUUUUUUUUUUUACAAGAACCUUGUUGAGAUAGUUACAUGUUAAAAUGGUAGCAUUAAUAAGAUAUAAAGCAGGGAUGGGCUGUUAACUUGCAUCCAAUCUCAGAGGUCUUCCAUGAAGAAUGGUAAGAAUCCUCACACAUUAUUUCUACCUCCAAAAUGGCCUGACAGUGACAUUACUAACAGAUUCAAGAGGAUUCAGAUUGUUAAAAUAAGAACAAAACAGUCCAGAUUACUGAUAAUGAAAGUCCAUGGUACUGAUUGGCAGUCUGAAAAGCAUCCGAGGCUCUCUGUAAGUUAAAAAUCCUGCAUUAAUUCAGGGAUAACCAGCGUAUUUCCACUUAAAAUGUUGUCAUUAUGGUAUAAAAUACACUGAGGCCAUCUGUUCAAUUGGAACUAAUCAAGAGGUGUAAAUGUAAAUAUGAACCAUAGCAAACCCACACAUAUUAAAGCAGAAAAGAAAUAUACAAUAACAAAUAAGUAAAUCAAGGACAAUCUGACAGAAGAAUACAAUAAUGCGGAUAAAUGGCAACCUCACAGGGCCCUACAACAUGAAACUACUCAGAAUGGAUAGCCCUCAAUAAUUCAUAUACAAAGACAUAACAACAGCAAUAUAAAACACUCAGAGGAAGGUAUAAUUAUGGCAUACAGAGACAAAAAAACUGCCCUUACAUGAAAUAUCACAGGUCAAAACUAUCAUGUAGUAUCACAAUAUAGUGUAGCAGCACAGUGUUUCUUGUGAAACUAAGCAGAAAAAGCAUAAAUGCAACAUGCUUGCUCAACAACAUAAUAAAACGUUACAGGAUGGGGGUAAAGUCAAACUGAUUUAAUAUGUUUUCAUACAGUUUUGGAGUGUGCUAUGACUUGCAAUUUUAAAAUAACUGUUUUCAGACUUUCAUUUAGGUAAACUGAUUCAGAUCUGUACCAUGUUUUGCCUCUUUUUUAGUGUUAUGUUAGCUUUACAAAGAGCUCUACUGUCACUUGUUUCCAAGAUGAAAUUUCAUGCAACACACCAAAUGUGCAAUACAACACAAACCUAUUUUACUAUGUAAAGUUUCUUAAAUCUUCAAAAAAAAAUCUACAAUUUAGAUGCAUUUUUUUCUAUAACCCACAUUAAGCGUUAUGAGUAAACAAAUAUUUAAGUAUACAUUGUGAUUGUAUAAGGAAUGUCAA